GUGCUUCACCUCGACAGGCUGGGACUGCUCGUUUUCGCGGAGUUGCGCUUGGUUCCCACACAAUUUUAGUGCAAGUUUGUCUGGAUUCGGAUCCGCGCAGAUCCGAGUUUUUCUGACGUGAGUCCCUUCAAUUGUGCUGCACUGAACCUGGCAGGGAAAUUGGCACGGAAGUAGCUCUCUAGUGUUCGAAAUUCGUGCGAUUGAGUGUCGUUAGAAGUAUCAAGCAAUCGUUGUUAACCUCACCAUGGCUGCGGCUGGUGAGCCUCAGAAAGGAACGGAUGUGGGUGCAGUGACGUUAUGGGGGUUCUAUGCUAGUUCUUGCACAUGGCGGGUGCGGUUGGCGCUUGGACUCAAAGGCAUUCCCUACAAGUACAAGGCACUCAACAUUUCUAACGGGGAGCACAAAACUGAGGAGUUCAGAAAGAUAAGUCCUCUGCAGUAUGUUCCUGCUGUGGAAGUUGAUGGUGGUACAAUUGCCGAUUCCCUGGCUAUCAUCAUGUACUUCGAAGAGAAGUAUCCUGAUAAAAAGCCCUUAUUACCUGCGGACUUAUUAAAGAGAGCAACUGUGCGUCAGGUGGUGUAUCUGAUCGCAUCAAACAUCCAACCACUGCAGAACCUGGGAACCUUGAAAAUGAUUGAGGCACAAUUUGGGGCGGAUGCGCGACCGAAGUGGGCUCAGGAUCAUAUCAUCAUUGGAUUCACUGCGCUUGAGCAGCUUUUGCAGAACGUAGCUGGCAAGUAUACAGUUGGCGAUGAGCUGACUCUAGCCGAUGUUGUUUUGGUACCGCAGAUCGGCAACGCUAAACGGUUUCAGGUAGACUUGACUCAAUUCCCUAUAAUUGAUCGCAUCGGCAAGGCUUUAUUGGAGCUGCCAGAAGUCCAGGCCUCUUUACCAGCCAAUCAACCGGACGCUCCUAAGUGAAGUUAACUUCAAUUUCUGUCGCAUAGUCACCACGUGUGCUUGAAGAAUUAUGGUGUAUAAGUAGAGUUGAGUGGAGUUUAGCAUAUUAGAAGACAACUUCUAAUAUGCUUAUGUCUUAUUAAGAAAAAGAUGUAAUCUACUCAUAAUCAAAAAAAGACAAAGCUUUGAUAUUA